UCUGGCAACCCCCUGCGCUCUGAGGGAAAAUGGCGGCUCCUCACGGGUGUCGGUUUGCGAGACUUUCUCGGUAUAUCGGUGUGUUUCCGCGCACCGCGGUGUGUGAGAACCCGGGGACAGUGAGGACACAGUGCCGGACCGCCGUGUCCACAUCCUCCGGCGCCAUUCUGCCCAAACCCAAGAAGACGUCGUUCGGGAUGUUACGCCUCACGGUGGUGGUUCUCCCCUUCUUGUACAUCGGGACUCAGAUCAGUAAGAACUUCGCUGCUCUGCUGGAGGAACACGACAUCUUCGUCCCUGAGGAUGAUGACGAUGAUGAUUAAACUCACACACACUCAGGUGUGUAACCCUGCGGUACUUUUCCUGGACGUCAGAGAACAUUUAGAUCCCUUGGCACAUCUGAAUCAUCUCACUGUAGUGUGUGUGUGUGUGUGUGUGUGUUUACAGAGCUGUGUGUGUGUGUAUAAAGUGAACAGCUCCUCCUGUCUGCAUGCACUGGAUAAAUAAACUGAAACACUUGAUGGAA